CAGUAUAUAUAUAGAAUGAGUGACAGAAAAUACUGAAACUACGGUUUAACAGGAGAAUAAGGUUGAAGGCAGUACUCAAGCAGCAGUAUUCAGGAUUGUGAUCUCUAAUUCUCAACAAAGGUGAUUUAAAAGUAUUUUAAGGGCUGCUAUUACAGUACGAGGGGUGAUUUCCUGCCAUAAUUCAACACCAAUAUUAGGGACUUUUUUAAAGUCCCUAAUGUUUACAUUCGGAUGUUUGGCAGAAAGCUUUGGAAAAGCAUCAUACAAUCUGACUUUGUACAUUGAAAUGGCGCAUGAAAAAACCGUAAAAAGUCUUGAAAUUGAUUUCUGGUUGUGUUAGGAAACAUUUUUGGAAAGAUUAAUAUACGAAUGCUUCGAAAUUUGCUACGAAAGGGGAAGGAUAUUUUGCUUCCAGGGUAUACGUGUACCAGUACUACCAAAAUCGUUCAUUGAGCAUCAUGCAUGAAAUACGAAAUCGAAUAUCGAAAUUAUGUAAUAAAAUGUCUGUUUCAGUAGCAUAAUGCAAUGUCAUAAAUUUGCCAAAUAUAUAAAAAUACGGUACAGAAUAUCAACAGAAAUGUGUCACAAUGAAAUGCAUAUAAUAUUGGUGUUGAAUUAUGGCAGGAAAUCACCCCUCAUUCAUUCAAUUCAUGUUUUGCAGGUUAUGAAGACAAUACUGGGAUAUGAUGCUUGUGAUGUUACUCUGAGUGUAUAUCCACACCGGGCAAGCUUGAAAAAUAUGCCUGACCACGGUGGGUAACAUCACAAGCAUCAUAUUCACCUAAGUACACAUUACACCAACACUGAAAAAAUCAUGAUUAUACCAGAUUGCAUUGAUAUCGAAGGAACUAGAUUCUGUUCCGAAAUAUCACAUACUCGAACUGACCUGACCACGUAGCUCAGUUGGCAGAGCAUUGGGCUAGUAUCCAAAGGUCAUAGGUUUGAUUCCCACCGUAGACAGGCAUAUUUUUCAAGCUUGACCAGUGUGGAUGUACACUCAGAGUAACAUCACAAGCAUCAUAUUCACCUGAGUGUACAUUACACAAACACAGAAAAGAUCAUGAAUACUGGGAUAUCUGAUGACCCCCCCCCCCCCCCCCCCCCCCCCACACACACACACACACACACACACCUUAGCACUGCCUCUGUCUGCUAAAGAUAACGAAAGCAACUCUUUAUCUACAUCUUACAUGUUUUAUAUGCAAAGUAGUUGACAGGCAAAUUGCCUGUAGGGACUUUAAGAUUGAUGUUUAGGGCAAACCACUAACUGCAAACUUCAAAUCAUAAUUUGAAGUCAACUGUUAGCUGUUCGAAGUUAGGGCAACUUGUGCACUAAAAUUGAGGCAUGAAUUGGCUACUUUUAGCUGUCGAAACUGUAGGCCUUACUUCCAAAUGUGAUUUGAAGUUUGCGAUAAACAACAAUCUUAAACAUUUGAAGUUCCCUACAGUUUCGACAGCUAAAAGUAGCUAAUUCAUGCUCCAAUUUUAGUGCACAAACAGUAGCGGAAACAAGGGGGGGCGAUCGUCCCCCCAAUAAUUUUAGUUAGCUUUCAUUUAGAAAAAUGUAACACGCAGGGCCACACGCUAUACCUGGCCAAUAUGGAGCUUCCGUAGCCGGAUGAUGUCAAAAAUCACACAUACAGGUGCACUUUACCUUUAUAAUUGAUUUCUGGCAUUUCCAGAGUCAAUUGCGGUAGAAACAUCACAUUGUUUUAAUGUUUUGAAAUUGUAUUUCUGGUUGGAAUUAGCUCACAGUCAUACCAGAAAUGGAAGUAUUGUGAUAAAGAUACAAAUUUGAAGAUAUAGGCUUGAAAAUGGCACUCCAACUAGUGUUUUUGAAAGCAAUUUGAACAAGACUAUUACAAAUAAGAUAGGUACGUCCAAAGGGGCUGAAGUUAUGUUCGGGGAAAGGUAUGGCUAGUCUAUAUUAUUUCAAUCUCACUUGACUUUCAAAUUAACGCCUACAAUGUUUGGCAAUGACAAACUAUUGUGAGGAAUUAGUUGAUAUAGUUUCAUUGAAUUGAAUGGUGGUGUUAUUGUCUUCAUUAGCACUGAACCGAAGAUAUAAACAUACAAAGUUGCCAGGUUCUAGAAGCUGACAUGCAUGCAUGCAUGGGACUUGUCAAGAAAGAGUUAUACCACCUUGCAAUUCCAUUCACAAAUGUAUUUAAUCAUCUAGAAUAUUUUCUCUGAAAUGUCGGUUUUUAUGCUUAGCAUAUGAUUUAUAACAAAAUGCACUAUUAAAUUAAUGUUUUGAAAACCUGAAAUUUCUUACAAAAUGUGCUCUCAGAAUGCUGCAAAUGCCAUUUCAGGGAUCCAAAUUUUAAAAAUUUUCUGGGGGAGCAUUCCCCCAUAACCCCUUCAAAUCUCAUGCCCUCGGCACUCGCCCCCCCCUCUAUAUUUUCGCAAAGUUUCCAUCACUAUGCACCAGUUGCCCUAACUUCGAACAGCUAACAGUUAGGUAAGAGCCUGGCCUGCCUGGGUAUGAGGUUGACACUAGUUGACUUCAAAUUAUGGUUUGAAGUUUGCGGCGUUCAGCGGUUUGCUAAAGGCUGAUUUCCACUGUUGCGUUUUUCGUACGCACGUACACGCACGUAAAACUUUGAAUCCUUCUAUUUUUUAAAUAUUUCACGGAACACUAAAUUCUGUUACUUUAUUUAUUUGGUUAUUUCAUAAAUAACAUUUAAACGGAUUUAAAGUUUUACGUGCGUAUACGUACGUAUGAAAAACGCAACAAUGGAAACCAGCAGUAAGUGAGAAUAAUAUUUUCAGCGAAUAAUAGGAUAAAGUUGAGGCAAUUAACUAAUAGCCACAUUGUUGUGUAUUUUAUUAUAGUAUAUUAUUAUACCUGUAAGAGUGAGAGCAACAGAAAUCUGUAAGAGAAUAAGAGAUGGAAAAAAAAGAGGUAAGAAAAGCAAUUGCUAUACAAGUUGAAGAAGAUCUCAAGGUACAGUAGAAAUCUGGAACAGUUAGAUUAAGCUAGUUCUGCCGGGGCACAGGUCAUAAGCAUUUUACAUGCACAUGGGAUAUUGUGCGCCAUAUUAAGGUCAGACGCGCGAUUGCAAAACGGUCAAGAACUACGCCAGUACACCUAUUACAGUAAGAGACUAGAUUAAUUAGCCUUUCUCACGCCGCCAUUUUUGGGUGGCAUUUCAGCUGAAGUCUGUGCGAUAAGUCCACAUAACAGCGACUUUUUAUAAUUUUUUGGACGAAUGAUGGUAAAUUUGCUUUGUAAAUUGUUAGUUUAUUUUAAAAAACAUUGUUUUAAUUGUCUGCAUUGGAUAAUGAAAAUUUGAUGCCACCCAAAAAUGGCGGAUAUUCGUCAUCGUGAGAAAGGCUAAUUGAUUAACACUGACAAAACUGGGUAAAACUUUAUGCAGGACAAAACGAUUUUAACAUUGGAAUUUAAACGAAAGUAGUAGUACUAGCCACUAUAUAUAAUGUAUCUGGCAAUAUGGAUUGAUGGAUGGAUGGAUUGAUGGAUGGACGGAUGGAUGGUAUAAUAUAUCGCAGCCGCCAGGCUGAAUAGGCAAUUCCAGCUUUUAGUUUAUGCGUGCAGAGGACGAUGGGAAGUAAGGUAUCACAUUGCUGAUUAUGCUGAAAAAAUAAAAAUGGUGGCCGUGUAAACACGGAGUGAUAGCUUAUACUUGUAAAUAUUGAAAUAUUUCGGUUGUUUUGGUAGUUUUUAUUGAAAAUUUUCAGCAUAAUCAGCAAUUACUUCCCAUCAUCCCCUGCACGCAUAAACUAAAAGCUGGAAUUGCCUAUUAUGCAUUUUUUACAACAAUUGGGUUUAACUAACAUAUUUAACUAAAUUUAUACGAUUAAAAUUAUCAUAAAAAGCGACUUUUAAAUAUUAUAAAAGUUUAUAUCUCCGUUUAUCAUAUGUUGCAUGUGCAGUACUACAAAGACUGAUGAAAAGAAAAAUGUGUUUUUAAAUCGAUUAGUCUCCCAAUGUGGACUGUAGCGCAUUGCAUUUCUGAGACCGUAAUGAAGUUCUCGUCUUGGGGGCACGAGACUCCCAAGACGAUGAUUUUCGUUCCUUUCUCAGUAUUUUAAGCAACGUUUACACGAACACAUUUUAUUUGACAAAUUUCAUUUGAUCAAAUGCAUUUUGAUGAAAAGCUAGCAUGCUAGCUUUUGUUCAAAUGCAUUUGUCACAAUGAAUUUGUCACAAAUUUAUCAUCUACAUGAGCAAAAUAAAUUUGACAUAUAAAAUUUGUCAAAAUAAAUUUGCUUGUGUAAAUAGGGUUUUACUGAAGAUGUUUUUGCAUAUUUGUUGAUGAUGAACCUGCAAACGUCCGAUUUCAAGUGACUGUAAAGCAGUUUUAUAAUCGGAAAAGGGACAAACUAUUGAUAAGGCCCUUUUUGUACUUUCUCUAAAUCGUUUACUAUUUUGGUAAUACGUAAUAGAAUUGAUAUCGGCACUCCAUAAUCUAAUAUAGUAUUUACAAUUUAAACGUUAAUCUCAAUAUCACUGUCUUCUGGCUCGCUUUCCGGUGUCCCAGUUGAUUUGGACCGGCGUAGAUUUGGACCCCCGGUCCAUAUCCACUAGUAGAUUUGGACCCCCCGGUCCAAAUCUACUAGUAUAUAUGGACCCCCGUUGGCCGAUAUGGACCCCCCUUCAAAAGUUAAAUAUAUGUACUGUGAACACAAUAAUAUAAACCAAAUUUAUAAUAGCGAUCAAUCUGAAGUAUUUGAUCACUUUAAAUAUUUGUGAUAAAGGCCACAAAACGUAGAAAUGUAUAGUCUUUGCCAACAACGAAUCUGCUGAUGUCGACCUUUACCAAGAAUUACGACUGAGAAUUAUGAACAGAUUUUUAUCUAUUCUGGUCAUAUAAACGCCAUAUUACGUAUAUAAAUGAGUUUUUAGCGUGUUUAUUUAUCCUUCUAUGAUUGUACACGUACUUUCUAUUUGGACCUUUAUUUGUAGUUUAAGAUUUUUGAAUUUGGAUCUCACUGGCAAUAAAAAAACAACGUUUUCUAUUCACAAUAAAUGACUAUGUGUGGUUGAUAAGUAGCUCCGAGUAUCUGAAAACUAAUGAGUUUAACAUAUUCACUGUUAUUGGGGAUGUUUUUAGUAUAUAAAAGUGUUUAAAAAAGGGGGUCCAUAUCCGCUAAAGGGGGUCCAUAUCUACUAGGAGAUUUGGACCGGGGGGGGGUGUCCAAAUCUACUGGGGGUCCAAAUCCGCUGUGACACCGGGAUGAGCUUGAUGUAUCCUCGUAGUCUCGAUGACUGGUUGUUUGUAUUUUACUCAAGAAGAAUUGGACAAAAUAAAGUCACUUAGAGGCAAACAUUGAGAUGCGCGGUUUCAUACUCGAUAAACAAAUGAGGCGUGUGGCAAAAAUUAUUGCGCACCUUGAUGAAUCAAGGCGCUUGUCACGCUCGCCUCAAACGGCCAAUUCUGGGCCACAUUGUUUUAAAAACUUUUGUUUUGAAAUUUUGUGGUAAUUGUACUACAUGCAUAGGUCAGAUUGUUGGACCCUUGGACCAAGCCUUGGUCCAUUCUAAGCCGUAGCUUUCCAUGGGGGUCGUGAGCUCGACCACUGCACCUCUCCCACCAAAAUCCGGCCUUGAUGCAUGUGUUGUUCAACUCCUUUAAUUGUUACUUCGAAUCCGUGCCCAUGGUUUGAUUCCUGGAAUAUCUAUACCUAGACUGCACGCACAUACAUGUAGUCUGUGGCAAAUUUUCACAAACACAUUCCUGAUUAUCUACUUGUGAAAUUGGGGUAAUUUCCAGUUUGAAUCCACCUGCACAAAAAACACUGAAGGUUUUCCAAUUUAAUUCCUUUUAAAAGUAAACUAAACAAAACCAAAAAAAUUUAAUAUAGCUAACCUACUGUAUUGAUGAAAGAUGUUCACAUAAGGAAUGUAAAUUUCCCACACAGGAAAAGGAGAGCCUUGUGGUAGAAUCACUCUCAGAAAGGGUUCCCGAGCGAAUGCCAAAGAAAGCCGCAGAAGACAAACUUACACCAGAAAUAAUAAAGAGCAACUGUUACAGCAAUUCGGAGGAUGUUGUUCCUUUUGCUGGUCUACAGAAAGUCACAUUUCAACAUACGGAAGUACUUCGUGGCAAGCGCUUGGGUGAGUAGAUUGCAACGUGCUCUCAGUUUUGUUUAUAAGUGGUGCACAUCAAUACAGUUCUUAGAUUAUAAUUUUAUCUCAGUGUGUGUUGACUCAACCACUAAACCUCUUAAUAAGUUACAUUUAAGUGUAAUCUAAUGAAAUAUUAUGUAGAACUAACUCAUCAAAUCUAUAUGACCCUGAAGAUCCAAGAACAUUUAAGUCUGUCUGUGUCAAAUAUCACACCACUCACCCACCAAAGAACUUAUGAACUUGUUGCUAAAUUUAGUUUUUUUCCUGUAUUCAUUCCUGUAGCAGUGUAGGCUGUUUUUAUCUUAAUAUUUGUACAAGUAUAUAUUCAUCUGUCAUUUUUUGUUUGUUUGUUUGUUUAAGCAUUUAUUUGUCUACUCAUUUAUGUGUUAAACUGUUAUAUUUAAGUAUCUCAGGCUUAUUUUUUUUAAAUGCUUAGUUUGUUCUCUGUGAGGAAAUUCCAGCCAUUUGUAACUACUUUAUUAUAUUAAUACACAUUGCAAUGGCAAACUUGGUCAAAGUGUUUUUAAUAUUUGUCAAUUAAGCGGUUCAGAAUUCACACAUAAAUGAUGAAAGAUAUACUAAUAUACAUAGCAUUUCUGUAGUAAAAUUUUAAUGUUUAUUCACUAACAUCUAACAUUUACCUAAUAUCUUAUGGUUAUGAGAUUUAUCCUUUUCUGUUUCCACAGGGGUUGGUCAAUCUGGUUCCACAGUCUACCGUGGUAUGGAUACUAAGACUGGUGAGUUCGUGGCUCUCUCUGAGUGGAAGUUUAUGAGUCAGGAUGGGCAAAAACAAUCAACUCAUGACAAGUCCAAAAUUGAGGAUGAAAAGCUAUUGAAACAGGUCAUUACUUUUACACUACAAUAGAAUUCACUGCAUGUUUUUUAUACAGUAUAUAAGUAGGUUUUACUGAGCGCUGUCGUGCAGAAAAUGGUGAUUAACUAGCAGUUAUUUGCAUGAGUGAGAAAAUAAUGUCAAUUAGGGCCAUUGCCCUGUUCGGCCACCUUUUGCUAUGUACGUAUAAUAGUGAUAAAGUGAUUAAACUAAACUAUAAACUUUCAUUAUAUGCAGUACUGAGAGUUGUUUUCCUUGCUUCAAUGUAUAAGUGUCAACAUUUGUGCAGUUGACCAUUAUCUGCUCCCUGUGAUGCUUACUGAAACUAUCAAUAUUUAUAUAAUUUUGUUAAAUAUCUUUAAGUUUUAACAACAAUGUUCAGUCCGUUUUGGUAGUUUUGUCAAAUUUUAUAGGUCUCCAGCAUAGAACAAGAAAUAAGUUCAUUAAUAAUGACAGUCAGUCAUCCUAAUCUGGUUCAAUAUCUUGGAGUAACCCAAGUACAGGAAGACAGUACACUAAUAUUACAGGUAAAUAUCUCACUAAUCGUGUUUAACAUCAAUUUGGCACAGUCAAUGGGGCUUUUGGCGGUGCCAUCGUCAGAGCAAGCAAGAUUACGGUGGGUUCGAUUCUCAUGACUUACGUGAAAAGAGUCAUCAUCAUCAUCAAUCAAUUUAUCAAGUCAGUCAAUGCUCUGCCAAAAGUUGUGGGUUUUCUUCGAGUAUCAAUUUCUUCCCACAGAGGGGCCCUUAGUAAUAUAAGUAAUAUUCAAUAGGUUGAGCUACAUCCUUCAUAAUUCAGCUCUCAGCAGUGCAACAUAUGAAAACCAACAAGAUGUAGCGAAUCAGCUUAACCAUCAUUUCAUUAAUGUUGGUCCAUCUUUGGCAGAUUUUAUUGAGAACACAAAUGUUGAUCCGAUAUCAUAUAUUAACAAGUAAUAACUCACCUUCUACUAGUUUUAUCAUGUCCCCUGUGAAUGAGACAAAUGUAUCUUUACUUUUCUCUCAAUUAAACCCCCAACAAAGCCUCUCUCGAUAUUCCUGAUAAGCUAAUAAAGAUAGCUUGUAGACCACUCGCAGUGCCAUUUACACUAUUGUAUAACGAAUCUAUAGCAAAGGGCAGUGUACCAGAAGUGCUGAAAUCUCAAAAGUUAUUCCAAUUUAUAAAAGUGGAAUAACGACUGAAUCUAACAAUUAUAGACCUAUUUCGAUCUUAUCUCCUUUUAGUAAAGUUUUCGAACGUUUAAUAUAUGAUCAAAUACUGACUUUUAUUAACAAACAUAAUAUUUAUUUAAAAACAGCUAUAGAUAUAAUAAACUUUAGAUUUGUGGCAUCUUUCUGUACUUCUCAAAGGCUUUCGAUACAGUAAACUAUCAUGAAAUUCUAUAGUGAGAAAGCUUGAGAAAUAUGGAAUAAGAGGUCUUCCACUAGAAUGGUUUCAUAGUUAUCUAAGUGAUAGAGCGCAAUUUGUUCAGAAAAAUACUCAAAUUGAUAUUUCAAAUAUCAAUAAAAAAAGCCGCAUGCAUAAAAUAUUUGGGAGUAUACAUUGAUCAACAUCUUAAAUGAAAUACUCAGAUUUCAUAUGUUAAAAAUAAAGUAUCUAAAAACAUAGGAAUAUUGUAUCGCCUACGGCGAUAUCUUAAACUUUCAAUGCUAAGUAAUCUGUAUUUAUCCGUACUUGAUCUAUGGUGUGAUGAGCUGGGGGACUACGUACGAAACUAUAAUCUUAACCAGAUGAUUGGAAAUUAGCGAAUGUCGUACCAGUACACAAACGGGGUGAGAAAUCCUAUGUCGAGAACUACCGUCCAAUCUCGUUACUUUCCCUUAUCUCCAAAGUCCUCGAGCGUUGCGUUUUCCAUAACAUCCAACAUCAUGUUUUUCAACAAAUCAACCCUUGCCAACACGGUUUUGUUCCACGAAAGUCAUGCGUAACGCAACUGAUCGAAGUAUUCGAACAGAUAGGUCGGAAAUUAGACAACGGUAAGCAGAUAGACGUGAUUUACCUUGACAUGUCGAAGGCAUUUGAUAAAGUAAGUCACGCUCAGCUCAUGCACCGAUUACACAAGUUCGGGUUUCGAGGUAACCUUCUCAACUGGUUUUCAUCCUACCUCAGCAAUCGUACGUAAUCAACAGACAACAAUUGGUGGAGCAACAUCAAGACCGUUAGCAGUGACAUCCGGUGUACCGCAGGGCUCUAUUCUCGGUCCUUUACUGUUUCUCUUGUACGAAAACCACCUCUCAGAAAGCGUGGGCAACUCCAGUAUCGCAACCUUUGCGGACGAUACAAAGAUCUUUAAAACUGUAAAUAACGUGUCCGACGCAUCAUCGCUACAAGAGGACCUAACAAAUUUUGAAAAGAACUCCAGCAAGGUAAACCUGAUAUUAAACGCUCAAAAAUGUAAAGUCAUGAGAAUAACCAGAAAACACCACAAAACAGAAUAUCCCUACAAGCUACAUGAUGCUGUUCUGAAAAGCGCUGUUCACGAACGUGAUUUGGGAGUGUGGACUUCUUCCAAUCUGACUUGGUCCAAACAUAUUGAGGACCAAUGUGCUCAAUCAACCAAAAUGCUCGGCUAUGUAAGGAGAUCUACACUGGACAUAAAAACUAUCUCGGUUCGUCGUACUCUGUAUUUGACUCAAAACCAUGCUAUGCGUCUCAAGUCUGGGCUCCACAAUCCGUGGAACUGAUCAAACGCACGGAAAGAAUCCAGAGGCGCGCGAGCAAGUUUAUUUUGGAUCUACCAUUUAUCUACGAUGUCAGCUAUAGUAAGAGACUCGAACUGUUAGACCUCAUUCCGCUCUGCUAUUGGCACGAAUUCCUCGAUCUGUUGUUUUACUUUAAAUGUGUAAAUGGGAUAAUAAACAUCAAUGGCAACAUUCUACCAUCAAUUCAGAUCCGGCAGAGAGCAACGCGAUCAGCUGACCCUGACUUUUUGAAGUUCACCACACCGAAGUGUAAGAACAUUUAUCUACGAUGUCAGCUAUAGUAAGAGACUCGAACUGUUAGACCUCAUUCCGCUCUGCUAUUGGCACGAAUUCCUCGAUCUGUUGUUUUACUUUAAAUGUGUAAAUGGGAUAAUAAACAUCAAUGGCAACAUUCUACCAUCAAUUCAGAUCCGGCAGAGAGCAACGCGAUCAGAUGACCCUGACUUUUUGAAGUUCACCACACCGAAGUGUAGGACUGCAACAUUCCAGAGAUCGUUUAUAUCCAGGUGUGCGAGAGUAUGGAAUGUUCUGCCAAAAGAGUUGACAACAAAGAACAUAAGCUUAGGUCGUUUCAAAAGCGAUCUCUAUGAAUAUUACAAAUCGGCUCUGAACAUUUACGACGCAGAAAAUCCUAGAACAUGGAAGUCUGUAUGUUUGUCUUGUAACAAGUCCCGUAAUUUGUCUAAAUUCUAAUGUGUGUCCCUGUGUUGGUCUUGUUAAGCUUCAUUGUCAGCUAAUUUCCACUCAAUAAAAUUUUCCGCAGGAGCGGACGGCAUUGGAACUAACGACUUUAGCACUAUGUAACUUUCCUUCCGUUACUAUCCUGCGGAGGGUUUUCCUGGGUGCAAACUGGUCUUUUUAUAUUACUAAAGAUCUAAUGUAGAAUGUUUCAUGUUCGUUCUGUAAGGGCUGCUGUAAUUGGCGUAAAGCUGUAGCAUAUACCCUGCCAUUGAUUGUUUGAUAGUUUGUAUAUUCUUGUGUUUGUAUUUGUGCAGAUAUGAUUGUGUGAAAUUGGCAAAGCAUAAUAAAUAAAUAAAUAAAUAAGUAAAUAAAUAAAUAAAUAAAUAACCAAGUAUCAUCAAAACUUAACAAAUGUAUUAGAUGUAUUUUCUUUGGCACUUUGCCAGUUUACGAGAGGAUCUUAGUCCAUAUUUCAAAUUACUUGGGAUUUGGAAGUUGGAAAAUUUAGUUAAACCGCUAAAACUGAUUACAACAUUCGUAAGUCUAAUACGAAACAAAGAUAAUGAUACACCAGAUUUAUUUUCAGAUUUAUUUAAACCUGUAUCUAGUGUUCAUUCGCAUUAUACAAGAUAAUGCAUCCCAAGAUAAAAAUUAAAGACCUAUAGGAUUAGAACUAAUUAUGGUAAAAUGUAAAUUUACAUUUAAAUUUUAUGCUUCUCAGUUAUGGGAGUCUAUACCUCUGUCUAUCAAGUCACUGCCCUCUAACAUCUUUAAAAGGAAAUAUAAAAAACACUUGCUUAGUAAUCAAGAAUAAAUACGAUUAAUUUUCCAAUGUAAACUUGUCUAGUAUUUUGUCUUUAGUUAUAAUAUAUAUUUAUAUUCGAAAUAUCUUGAGCCUAGGAGCUUUUAGCACCUGCAUGGGUUCAUGAAUUAUUCUGUACGCGUAUAGCCAUGUCGGCUUAUAUUAUUCUAACAUUGCGACAACCAGCUCGAAAGCUUCGGCUCCUCUGGUUGCCGUUCACAAUCUUUUUUUUAAAGUACUCAUUAAAAUUUUAUUAUUUUCUUCUACUUUUGUAAUAUUACGUUACUUGAGAAAAAUCCUGUAAAUAGUGAAAUAAAAUCGAAUUGAAUUGAAUUGAAUUGCAAGUACGGAUGAUUAAUACACACCACACCGCCCACCUAUCUCAUUGAAAGUAAAAUAUUGAGCAAUUAAUCAUAUAAUCUAUGGCACAGUGGUUAUUGCAAUGUGCUUUUCACCUGUGCCACGUACCGGGUUUCGAUCCUUGCAGUACGCAGUUAUCUGAUUAUGAUUUGAGCUCAGUCACAUGUGAGAAGAGUGCUUCCAGUUUGACUCAGCCAGGAUCCUAAUUCUACAGCAACAUUGGAUUAAUUUACUGAACCUUAUGCAAUGAAGACUAACAGACCUAUCCAGUAUAAAUAAAGUUAGUUUAGUUUUGGUUUUCCUUGUGUAGUGAACACUGAACUGAUUAAAGAUGACCCUUACUGGACCUCUAGGAAGAACAGUUUAGAAUUGACAGAGCAAUCCAAUAUAAAUCGAGUUAUUCAUUUAUUAAUGCUGUAGGUUUUGACAGAAUAUGUGGCUGGUGGUUCUUUAUUGAAAGAGCUCGGUUCGCGAGGACUUGCAAUCGAGAUUAUACAAGAUUAUUCACAACAGUUAUUGAAAGUUUUGGCGUACCUACAUGGAGAAUCCAUUGUACAUAAGGACAUCAAGGUACUGUACAGUAUGUUGUACAAAACAUCAUGUGACCAUGCAAGAUACGUAGUUCGUCUUCAUGAUGAUACGUCUAUAUAAUUUGUUCCUGCAUAGAACUAUUGCCACUAUGCUUUAAAUCGCACUAUCCUAGUCAGUUCGUCUUGUAUUUACACCAAGAUCUGUCAGGCGAAUGUUGCGUCUUGACGCUUGUAUCUAGUUUAAAUAAUGCCAUUCACCUCAACAAUUUUUAUAUUCCAGUUAUCUAGUGUAUUUUUGGAUGAAGAGAAAAAAAUACGACUGGCAGACUACCGUGUUGGCAGAAGGUAAGGAUAUGUUCACCAUUUUGUGUGCAGGUACUCCAGUUUACUGUAAUAACCAGUAAUACUGGACCUAUAAGGGAUGGUCCUUACUGGGCCUUUUAGCACAACAGUUUAGAACUGAUAGAACUAUCCACUAUACUGUAUAAAAUUAAUCAAGUUUGUUUAAUAUAUACUGUAUAACAGAAUACAUGAAAAAAUGAUCGAUUCUGAUUAUCGAAUUACGGUGCCAGAGAAGGAAAUACGGUCGUAAAAAAUGAAAUACAGUGCCAAAAAAAGGAAUACUUGGAAAACUCCAAAACAAAAGACAUUUUGAUUCUUUUAAAUUUAUGCAUGCAAGUGACCACAAAUUUGUUUCUGUAUAUUUUUUGUGCCAUAUAAUUCAAAUCUGUCCUGCCCUUGUCCCAGCAUAGAGGUCCUGGCAACUCCUUGUCCUGUCCAUUUUUCACGUGACACUAACGACCGCAUUCCGAAUGAUUCCGAUUAUAUGGCGAUUGUUUUGAAAAUGGCUUCGACAAGGAGUGAGAAGUUCGUGUGUUUUAAUUUUUGCUCUUUUUGAUCUCGAUUUUUGAGAAAAUGUGAGAGCACAAAUCGUGAGGAAUGUUUGUUUUUAUCUUUUGUUUGCUGUAAGCGAAUCAAGCGAAUGUUUUGUACUGUAAAUUUGUAUGUACAUUUUUUCUAUACGAAAUUUUUACCUCUUUUAUUGUUUUGCUAAAAAGUAGUACUGGAGUGAUGAAGAAUGACGUUUAAAGUUUUUUCAUAUCUCAUCUCACAUUCUCAAGUUAUCGCACUUUCUAUAUUUUGAGUUGUGACGUCACUAGUUUGACUCGAAAUAAUGGCAAUAACAAGAAAGUCUGAUAUCUUGGUGAUAGUUUAAUAAAAUUCAAUCAAACUUGGUACACUUAGUGGGCGCACCUACGUGAAUAUUUUGGGCUGGUAAUGUGUUGUCAUGGCAACACACUCGUCCCCAGUCUCUUCUUUUCAAACGUUUUUCAAACAAGCUAAAUUGUUCACCUGGUUGCACCCACUUGUGCAACGUUGUGCCAAGUUUUAUUGAAUUUUAUUAAAUUAUCACUAAAAUAUUAGAUUUUCUUGUUAUUGCCACAAUUUCGAGUCACAGUGACGUCACAACUCGAAAUAAAGAAUGUGCAAUAAUUUGGGAAUGAGAUGACAUACGAAUAAACUGUAAACGUCAUUCUUCAUCAUUUGAGCAGUACUUUUAAUAAAACAAUAAAAAAAAAUGAGGCAACAAUUUCGUUUCAUAAACACUACACUUACAGACUCAGAAAUAUUAUGCAGAUUUCAAAUUUGUUCCAUCGUUUACUCUUUUACGUAUUAGUUUGCUACUCCGCGUGUAUAUUUAAUGUAAUCACAGCUUUAAUAUGAGCACGUGCCGGUUAAAAUACCAAAUCAACGCCUGAAGGCAUUGUCAACAAAGCUUGUACAAUAUUAUUUCCUGAUUCGUGGAUAAGACAUUGGCUUAAUUAGGCCAAGUUAUCUUGAUCAGUACCCGAAACAAGUUUACCGUAGCUGCAAAUAAAACUAAGCAGAUGUACUGUUCAAUUAUUAGUAGCCCUUCCCAGGACAUACUGUAUAGAAUUCAUCUAAUGAUUGGGUUGCAGUUUAUCAAUCAGCAUUGUCAAAUAUGCCAAUGUAAUUUCUUUUUUAUGCAUGAUCCUUUUCCUAGUUGAGGCAUAGUAAAUCCUGCGUUAUCACCCUCUAUUUCAGAGAGGUACCAUCGACUAAAUAAAAGCUAAUCAGUUUCUUGUAGAGGCACACUGGAAGCCCAUGUGCAUGUGGGGCCAAAUAAUGGUAACAAAAUUCAUGUCUUGCAUGUUGCAGCAGCAAACUUCGGUCAUAGAGGUAGGGUCUUGGAUUUUAGAUUUUGGGCGUGUUUCUAAAUUACCAGGGUGUGCACAUGUCAAUUACCUUGAAUAGCCAAAUUCACGGUUCUACAACAACGGACAAUGUAGUAACUACAUAUACAUAUUUAUUUCUAAUCCAGAUUGUGUGAGCUUUAUCAAGCUUAUGGAGAACAACAGUUUUCAAAGAAAGUGAAUACCAAUGAAGCCAAAAGCUUGGAGAAGUUUACCAAAAGAACUGACAUUGUUAAUUUGGUAGGUACUCUUUCUUAUGUCAUAUGAACGGUUUAUUUUUACUCAUUUAUAGUAGAUUUGUUCAAGCUGUUCUCAUUUUAGGGUCUACUGAUGCUGUCCUUACGGCAAGGCGAGAUAGUGACCUCUGUGCCAACGUCAAUAUCGCAAUCAUUUCCAAAGGAACUUCAAGACUUCUUUGCAAGGUAAUUGGCCUGGGUGAUUGGAAGAAAUCUCGGCUUAUAUGUGCCCAUUAUGUUAUUUUUGUAUGCUUGUAGGACCUUUAUUCCUUCUCCCUGCCUCCCUUCCUUUUUCUUCCGUCAUUCUUCCCUCCUCCCUCAUUUUCUCCUUCCUUCCUUUAUUCAUUUUUCCCUUCCUUUCUUCCUUCUUUCCAUCCUUCCUCCCAUCCUUCCUUCAUUCUUCUCUUCUUCACUCCCUCAACCUUUCCUUCCUUUCUCUCUAUCCUCUUAUUUUUCCAAAACUUUACCUUCUUCCCUGAUCUUCAUAAUUUUUUCUUUCUUCUACAUUUUCUCCUCAACAGAUGUCUAUACCCUGACGAUGGAGAGCAAUGGUCUGCGUCACAGCUCCUUAAACAUCCUUUCAUCAGUCCAACCUGUAUGUUGAGUUCCUUGGCAGUUGAGGGAGUUGCAGAAAGAGAUGAGGCCGAUGGUGACAACUGUAUGGGAGAGUCCCCAUACUGGCGAAGAGAUAUUGUCGGUCAUUCCAACAGACUAAGAAAAGACUUUGAUGUUCUAGAGUCGCUUGGGAAAGGCGGUUUUGGAUCUGUUAGGAAAGUAAGUAGUACAUAGGUAUGGUUUGCACUGUAGUUAGUGCAUGUGCGUUUCACCUCUGCGAUCCAGGUUCGAUUGACGAUGCAUCUUGAUACAAUUUUCACAUUAUUUUUCCUCAGUCCCAUAUAAGAAGAGUGUUUUUAUAAUAAUAAAUGAUGAUGAUUUUAUUACAGCAUUUCCACCAAAAAUGGCUCUUCAUCCUAAUCAUAUUAAAAACUAUUUACAAGCAAGUAAUAGAAUAUGAUCUAAUGUAUAUACGCAUAUGUUAAAAGUAGACAACAUUACUAAGGAUUAAGUCUAAGGGUAGUCUUCUCCUUUAAAUGUUUCAAUACUAGACUUUUAAAAUCUGUGAAUAAGACAGAGUUUCUGACAGUAGAAUGUUUAGAUGUACUAUCUUGGAAGGUACCUGAUACUAGUGGCACUUUUAAUGUUCUCUCUGUCGAAGUGACCUUCCAAGAGUAUAAAUAUCUAGUUUAAGGUACGACUCUGUGCAAAACAUCGCAGGCUCUCUUCAGGUAGUCCGGUUUUCUCCUGUAGUAACACUGGCCCGUGCUGGGCACUUUAGAGACAGUAGUUUGCAACUGAAUAAGCUAUGCAGUAAGUGGUACCAUAAAUAUUCAACGCUGUAUUUAGGUGAGAAAUAAACUUGACGGGCGCCUGUACGCUAUCAAGAAAAUCCUGCUUAAAUCAGAAAAAGAGGAAGGUAGUGUAAUACAAGAAGUGGAACUGGUGUCAAGCCUGAAUCACAAAAAUGUUGUUAGGUGAUUAAAAUAUUUGUGUUUGAUCUUGCUCUUACUCUUACUAGACCUGUAUGGAGAACUGCUUUGAACUGAUGGAGCUAUCCAGUAUAUAGAUAAAGUUUAGUUUAGGUUUCUUCUUCUAGUACCACUGGAGCAAUAAGUGAUGGUUUUUACUGAACCUCUAGGGAGAACAGUUUAGAAUUGAUAGAACUAUAUGUAGUUUAGGUUUCCUCCUCUAUUGACACUGCACCAAUAAGCUUCAGAGAGGACAGUUUAGAACUGAUAGAACAUUCGAGUUCACAGUUAUUUAGUCUAGUUCACUUCGUAAGCACAGUCUACUCUUCCAGAUACUAUGGCUCGUGGAUAGAGGUCGCGGAAGCACCGGAGAGCGAGACUUCGAGCAAUGAAACAAAAUCCAGCACUACAGAAGAGAAGCAAAAAUCAGCCGUCGAGGAUAAUCUGAUGCAGUUCAACUCCGUGAAUCUGAUGCAGUUCAACUCCGUGAAAGCACCCAGUAUUCUAGCGAGUGCAGAGGAUGAUGGUUCGUGGGCAAACAGGGAUAUUUCAAAACAGGAGGAAAAUAGUUUUUCAAGCUCCAGUGGAGAAGAGGAGAUUCCUAAAGCUAAGCAAUCCAGUAAUUCUACUGAGUCCUCUGAUGGUAUUACGUUUACCAGUAAUGUAAUAGUAAUGAGUAAUGAGUUUCUUGCCAGUGGGGUAUGUAUUAUCUUUGAAGUUUAUACCAUCAUAAUCAUCAUUGCCAUCAUCACCAUCAACAUAAUCCAUCACAACCACCAUCAUCGUCAUCUUUACCAUUGCAACAGUUUUUGCCACCAUUAUCACCACCAUCAGACCACCGUGACAGCCUCUAUCCGCAUCAUGUCUAACCAGAUGAUCAUCACCAUACCAGCCUUCAUCACUAUUUUUACCAUCCCAGUUUAUACAUUCUUCGACAAAUCGUUAUGUCAGCAAAUGUACAACUAAAGAAUAUUUUAUUACACUUCUGGUGCUGACUCGUACCCAGUCCCUAAAUGAGGAUUGAAAAAUAUCGGUGCAUGAUGGGAAUGAUCAAGACUCAAAUUUCUACUGAUCUAUAAUGUAUCCAUCGAUGACUGGGUACGAGUCAGGUGCUGGUGGGUUUCAGUAAGUGGUACGGGACUUAGAUUGAACAGGUGGUUAUGUACCUGCAUUGUCGAAUUUCCGAUAUUCCUGCAUUGUAUAAAUUUCCAAAAACUAAUCCAAGCUGAAAAUGCGGGCAGCUCAUUGUUUUCAUAAAAAUAUUUCAAAAACGGAGGGAAAUAUGAAAAAUCGGUAAAGGCCGGUGUAAUUUUAAAAGUUCUAUCAAACAAGAUAAACUUAAUUUUUAUUGUCAUAUCCCCCUUAUGAUAAACUACAUCAUUCGAUCAGUUUGGUAGCUUCAAUCAAAUGUUGGACUACUGCAGAUAAUGAAAAAAAUGAACAUUAAUUGCUCACUCUAAUAUCGCCCAAUGUGAGGUAAACCAGGAAUCCGACUUUUAAUAGCUUUACAAUCCGGAAUUCGGACAGUGGAAUCCAAACAUCGGAGGAAUCCAGAAUCCUUAUCCUGGGCCAAUUUUCUGAAAUCCGGAAUCCAUGACCGAUCUGGAAUCCGGAAUCCAAGUAGUGGAAUCCGGAAUCCAAGGAGCGGAAUUCGGAAUCCAAAGAGAGAAAUUCGGAAUCCAAGGAGUGGAAUCCGGAAUCCAAGGAGUGCAUGGAUUACCUUACAUGGGACGACUGAUAACUGCGAGUUGACCACCAUUUGCGUCACGAUAAUGCUUAGUGAAACCCUAUGGUGAAACCCACCGAAGAAAAUAUAAAAGAAAAUAUUCUUUUAUAUCAGGGAAAAGAAUCAAGUCAACAAUUACUAGAAGUUUUGCACAUUCAGAUGGAGUAUUGUGGGGGAACCACGUUAAGAAGUGUCAUUGAUAAAGGCUUGUAUGAAAAUAAAGAGAGAAUUUGGAGAUUACUUCGUGAGAUAGUCGAAGGCUUGGUUUAUGUCCACUCACAGGUAAGCUUCACUGGGAGACCUUUGUAACGUGUAAAGAGACAUGAAGGUGAUUAAUUUGGAUUUCUAAGUUUAUUACAAACUCCAGGAAACCAUAACUCGACUAACUUCAUUUGUACUGCGUAUCCCUUAAUGAUACAUUAGAAGUUCAGAUUUAACUUCCACUACCUCUCACUGGAUUAAUACGCAUUUGUUACUACAUGAGGAAACCUAAACUAACUUAAACUAAUUGUAUAUUUAUGCUGGAUAACUCUAUCAACUGUUCUUCCUUAUUGGUCCAGUAUUGUUACAUGAGAACAUCUAAACUAAAUUUACUUUUGUUUGUGUUGUUCUCCUAGAUUAUUUAUAUUUAGUAUAAUUACAUAGGUGAUUAUUGAAAAUUCUCCACGCUGAUUGGUUGCCGUUGAGGUGAUUAUUACGCGAUAAUCACCUAAGCGAUUUUCAAAAUGGCGGCCGAAGCCUUUUUGUCAAUUAAAUGACGAAGAAAUGUGUAUUUUUUUAUUUUUUUCUAUAUAAUCACCUAUGAAAUUAUACUAAAACAAUUAUUCACCUCAGGCUCGGUGAUUAUCGUGAAUAAAAACCUCGACUUCGUCUCGGUUUUUAUUCACCGAUAAUCACCUCGCCUUCGGCGAAUAAUUGUUAAAUACAGAUGUUUUAUUUUGUCUAACGAUUCGGAUUUCUCUGCGGAAACCAUUUUCAAAGAUUUGACGGUUUAUUAUGAAUGUUCCGAAUUAGUAAACCGAAACGUUAGACAAAACAUUUUGUAUAUAAAUAAUCUAGAAGAACAAUACAAACAAAUGAAUAAACCUGGAUUCAAACCCUUCAAUAAACUAACUUUGUUUAUUUAUAAUGAAGUGCAGUGAGUGCCAUGCGUUACGGAAGUAUGUAGAGAAAAAGCUACAACAUGUUUUGAACUUCCUUUCUUUUUCAUCAGGGAAUCAUUCAUCGCGAUUUGAAACCCGAGAAUAUUUUCCUUGAUUUCAAUGAUCAUGUAAAGAUUGGUGACUUUGGUCUGGCCUUUACGAAACCCAAUUGUGACACAAACAACCUUAGUGGCGUGGAAACCACACCUACACAUGAAUUGAUGACUGGUGGUGUUGGUACGCCGCUAUAUAGAAGCCCAGAGCUCGACACAAACAGCCGAACAAGGUACUGUAUAUCUUUAUUAACUUUAUAUACUCUAUCCAGGGGUCGAUAACUUUUUUGUGUGUCUGCAACCGAAAAAAAUGCGCCUGCAAAAUGCCUACUUAAAAAACGAAAUCUGGCUGACUCAGCUCACCCUUCAUGUCCACAUUCAAUAAUGAUGACUAACGCCUGUAUUCUAAAAGCUCACUCACGCUCAAAGAGUGGACGCUCAUCUUUCCAUAAGUGCAACUCACCAUCGUCGCAUAGUAUGGUACUGCACAUACACCCCAUGCAGCUAUUCAAAAAAAGCACUCGAAAGGAAGUUAGGGAGGCUCAAAUUUGGAGUGAAAUGUGAGUGAAAGGUAUACCUCAUUUGAGUUACACUCAUCUGUACUUAGUAAUACAAACAUGGCGGAUAGAUAUAGCUAAAUGCAGGUCAACAUUAGUGGAAAUAUUUCCAAUUGCAUGACUGUACGCAUAUUAAAAUACCAUGCCCAGGGGGUGAGAAUGCAGAACUUUUUAGAAAUCUUUCCACAAAAUAAUUUAACCAGAAGCUCCACUCUCCACUUGUUUAGCUAUCUGAAACGAGCGCGCGGCCAAGCCAUGCAAAUUUACACAACGCACUCGUUUCCAGAUCGCUUAACAAGUGUAAUCAGCUUUUUGAUAUGUCGAGAGUGGAACUUUUGGUUAAAUUGUUUAUUCUGUGUCUUUUCUUUAGCCACUUGUUUUUUUGGUACGGGCCUCUACAUUUUUGUAACAUUUUUUGAGCUGCCUGUGCGUCCGUUUAGUCACACCUGACUGGGAAUUGAACUCUUUCGAUAAAGCUUCCCAAGCGGUGCUUCUCUGUUGUAUCACCAUAUCAAUCAUUCUUUUUCUUUUCAAUCACAUCUUUGUGCUUUCCAAAUAGUUCUGUUAAGAGCGACUUUUGACUGUUAAUUGUGAGAAAUAUUGCCCACUACAUCUUGUGCAGCAGAUGAUUCAAGGAAGACUAGGUAUAUGCCUCAAAUCCUCAUUAAUAUUCAACGUUAAGCACUCCUGUAAGUCACACUCGAGUCACGAGAAUACAAAUUCAUCAGAUUUUUGGACGAAUGAGUUCUCCCUCACAGAAUGGACACUCAAAUUCAUACUCCACCCAUACUUGAGUUCAUCUCACUUGAGCCUAACUCAAGUGCGAGUGUAAACCCCAAUCUUGAACCCCGAGCCUGCGAUCCUUAUGGCUUGUGGCCCACGACUGAAAGUUCUGACUUUUUUAACUUUCCAUCAACGACUUUAGAAACUUCAAAUGGUUCCAGGAUUGUCCAGACUUUCAAAACGAAUAAUGGACUUUAGCAGUAAAGUCUAGCAGUUGUAUUUUCAAGAGAAUUUAACUAGCAAGUGCGCCAAUGAGCAAAUAUUAAUAGACUAAUAGUAACAGAUUAAGAAGAGAAUCUUUUGUACGUUACGUAACACCCGCUCAAAACUAAUGAAUACACUUUUCCACUCGGUUAUGACUAUAUAUUUUUUGAUACGUUUCUCAAGCAGCAAACAAACUUAAAAGGUAUGUUUGAUGCUUUAUCUGUAAAAUUAUGCUAAAAUGAAGAGAUUUUAGAUGGUACGCGCCAAAGAGAAAAUGAUGUCUGAAGUUCAGUAAUUUUGCUAUUAUUUUGUGUUUUUCAACCGCCAGAUACAUUUAAACAGGCUGCUAACUGUGUGAACUACAAAUAAAACUAAAACAAAGUAAUUUUGAAGCAACGCGAAAAAGAUUUUAGGUUUUUCAUUACAAAUACGCGACAUUUAAAAGAUAAAAUCUAUUUUAUUUCUUCUGUAAAAUCAGUAAUAAGAUCAAAUCUAUUUCUUCUGUUUCUAAAGUUAAAAAUGUGCCUGCAAGAAACCGGCGUGUUUCAUUUCAGAUGUGCCUGCGACCGUCAGUUCCCAACAUUAUAUCGACCCUCUAUGUCAGCUUUAACAUGUGUUCCUAGAGGUUCAGUGAAAGCUGUGAAACCCAUCUCUUAUUGAUCCAGUUUUACUACAGGAGGAAACUGAAACUAAACGAAAUUUAUUCAUGCUGGAUAGUUCUAGCAGUUCUAAACCGUUCACAAUUGUUCAGGUAUACACAAAAGGUUGAUCUAUAUAGCUUGGGGAUUAUUUCCUUCGAGAUGUGCUACAGACCUAUGAAAACAGCCAUGGAAAGAGCACGCGUCCUUGAUAAUUUGCGAAAUGUAAGUUUUGAUGGUUUAUUGAUCUUGAAAUUAUAGUGCAUGUACCUACCUCUCCACUUACUGUACCUAUAAUUUCAACCAUCCUUUCUAUUUUUUCUCACAUAGAAAGAGAUUGUAUUCCCGGAAGACUUUGACAGCAAACGCCUUGACAAGCUAACACAGAUCAUUCGCUGGCUACUUUGCCAUAACCCAGAUAAACGGCCUACCUCACAGGAACUGCUAAAAAGCAAACACAUCCCACCCAAGAUCACGGGCAACGCACUUGAAGAAUUACUGAACCACACUCUAGCUAACACAAACUCCGCUGGCUACUGCACUGUAAUAUCGUGUGUAAUGAAUCAAGAAAUCACGCAGAAUCUAGACUCCUACUGCAACUAUAUGUCAUCGUCCUAUUUCGCAAAUGAGUCAUGUAGACAACUAGUACACAAUAAGCUGGUGGAAAAACUGCUACAAUAUGGAUUUCAGCCAGUUAGCACACCUCUAUUGGUUCCGAAGGACAAGGUUAAUGAACAGACUUCACAAAUGGUUAUGGACCAUAGUGGUGCAAUUUUGUCCCUUCCUAACGAUUUGAGGACGCCGUUUGCUCGACAGCUCGCGAUGGGAAAUCUCAAAUCUCUCAAAAGGUUCAACAUCAGUCGUGUCUACGAACGAAGACCAAAGCUCGACAAACAUCUCCACGAGCAAUACCAAUGUGUUAUUGAUAUCGUUACAAGCUGUCCUCGUAUUUGUAAUCUUGUCCCCGAUGCAGAGAUACUUUGGACGGUUGCAAAAAUUAUCGACGAUUUUCCGUGUUUAGUUUCCCAGAAUUACUACAUACGGGUUAACCAUGUGGAUUUAACGAAAUCUAUCCUCGCUUUUAGCGGAGUAGCGGAGGAAAAAAUUCCUCAAAUUAUUGCACUUUUACAAGAAUGUGGAAGUGGAAACGAUUCCUUACAAGAAGUGAAGGAACUUUUAGAAAACGUAGGUCUCGAUAAGCGUACUGUGAAUGGCAUAUGCCAUCUGUUCCACCGUGUGUCUGCUCAUUCACGCCGUAGGUUGCGUUGUCCACUAAUGAAUAAAGCUGCUAAAGAACUGAAGAUAAUUUGUUAUCACGCAGAGAAGCUAGGUAUGAAGGACGUAAAUCCCAAUCCAGUCGUAAGUCGGAGGCGAUGUUUGUUGUCCCCCUCCCCUUUUAGAUAUUUGUUUUUCUUAUAUUCUCCUGGUAAACUAUCCACCUUAUGAAUGUUUUAUUGGAGGUAGUUGAAAAGUUGUGAAAAGGGGGCGAUAUUGGCAAAAAACGGGGAUUAUAGACCCUUUCCAAACUAUGGUUCUUGUUUUAAGCUAAGAUUAGGUUUUUUGAAACUUGUGUUUUGAUGGGUUUUAGUAACCCGUACGGGGAAGCACCAUCUUCGGCACGACAGUGCUUAGUGAAACUAUUGAACUGUCUGUGCCAGUGUAGGUAGUGCCAAUAAUAUGAACAAGCUUUCAUUGGUAAGGAUGCAACUACCUGAACAAUAUAAGGAGAAUUUGAAAUUCUCCUUAUAUUUUUCAGGUAGUUGUAUCCUUACCAACGAAAGCUUGUUCAUAGUGAAACUCAACUGUUACUUAUUCAUUCGAAGUAUUAAGUAUUCAUUCUAAGGUUUCAUUCUUCAUUACAGGUUUGAAACUCUCGGUUAUUAUCGACCCCAUGCUUGUGUGUGAUAUCAACCAUAUGUCCGGGAUAUUGUUCCAGUUUGUUGCUAAGAGAAACCGUAACGACAUACUCGCCUUCGGAGGCCGAUACGAUAAACUUAUCGCUAAAUUUUCGCAAGGGCGUGAGCUGCCACAAGGCUAUAAUGCUGUGGGAGCCAUUAUUAACGUAGAACGAGUAGCCAGUUUAUUGAUCGAGUCACGGAAACCUGACGACGUCAUUUCAAGUACGUGUGACGUAAUGAUCUGCGUGCAUGGAGAGAACAUAACGAUAAGCAAACCAAGGGAUAUAAUGGCUGCACUACGAAUAAUUGGUAUCUCAGUGAGUAUAUCGUACGAUAUUCUGCCCUCGGAGGCAAAUGAUGACGUCAUUGUUGAGCACUGUCGAAUGUUUGGAACACAGUAUGUUGUCAUUGUUUCCAAGAAAGAAUAUCUUCAGGUAUGUUGAAUUAUAAUAAGUAGAACUGUAUCUAUUUGUACUUGAAAGUUUAUGAGUUUACGGCUAACACUGAUUUGAAUAAAUGAAUGCAAUCCCGGACCAAAUGGACCUUUCCCUUUAUAACUAAAAUUUCGAUCUAGACAAAAAUUUCAUCACAGCUUGAAAGAGCAUCACAAAAUUAGUAAUAUUCCAAAGUUUCGUUGCGAAAUCUUGUAAAAUGCUGAUAAUACAGCCUUGCGAAGUUUGCCGUUUUUCAGUCAUUUUGUAUUACAAACGGGAAAUUGACAUCCGAUUCGGGUGUUGGGGCUGCAAUUUCCCGUUUGUAAUGCAAAAUGACUGAAAAUUGCAAACUUUGCAAGGCUACAUUAUCCGCAUUUUACAACAUUUCGCAACGAAACUUACUAAUUUUGUGCUGCUCUUUCAAGCUGUGAUGAAAUAUUUGUCUAGACUUGCCUAGAUCAAAAUUUUGGUUAUAAGGGGAAAGGUCUAUUGCUUUCACGACCAACGUUUCAACACUCCAGUCCAACGUCGUCAUCAGGAGUAUUUAAAGUUUGUGAGAUCCAACCAGGCAUAUUUCAGACAUGUUUUGCUAUUUAUGUAUAUCAAUCACAAUGUAAUAAUUCCCGAAUGAAUUGCAUUCACGACAUAUACAGGGCCUUUUUUAAGAAUUCGUCAGAGGGGGCUCAAGUAAAAGGGAUCUACAUAGGAGUAGCCUGCAUGCUUGCCCAUGAGGUGAACUGGAACAGCACGAAGUUGCCACCAGGGCUUGAUUUGAUCCUGCAUUUUCAGCACAACUUUGGGCGCUUUCCCUUUAAUGGCCUGACCGGUCAGACCCGAAUUUUUGUCUUUGUAUCAAUGGAAAUAUCUGGUCUAUCUUUCUCAAAUAUCUAGCGAAAUUGGAUCUCAUUCUAAUUUUAUCAAAAAUUUCCGGUCAGAUAGGUUCAAAGCCCAAACGUUUUGUGUUUCAUUCAACAAUUUGACCGUUCUGACCGGUCUGGCCGUGUUAAUGGAAAGCGCCCUUAGUGAUCUAUUUCGUCCGCUCUACAAAAGUUUCGUAAUGACAAUAUUUAAAACACGCUUCUUAACUUUCUUUCCCUUUGCUAAUAUUUGGGACAGAAGGGGCCUUCUCUGGGGAGGCCAACAUAGUUUACUGUAGGGCCCUGGGGGGACUCUAUUCCCAGUUUAUAUUUUCAAUGAAGUGUCUUCAUCAAAUUGCAAUAUGGCUCCUUCUCAUAGAGUGUCUAUAUUUCUACAAUUAGAAAAAAUUGAUUUACAUAUAGCGGAUAAAAGAUGUUAUCAUUCACUUUAUAGUAUUUUCAAUUUUGAUUGGUUAAUUUACCUGCAAAAACUGCGUGCAAAUAAUAGUCUGAGCAUGCGCAUUUGUUAAAAACGUUGCUCAGCUACAAAUAAUAGUCUGAGCAUGCACAUUGCCUUCAAUUUUUGUAAACAAUGGCGACUCGCUUUGCUGAACCUUCGGAAAAUGAGUUGUCUUGCUUACUUGAAGAAAAAAACGCGGAAAACACAAAAAAGCGACUAAAACCGUCGUCAAUGUCUUUCACCAGUAUUUAGAAGCAAGACGAACUCAACUAAGACGAUCUAGUUGGCUCAAAACAGGCUGACCGAGAGCAGCUGCGAAAAUUGCAACCAUUGGUCCUCCGGGAAUUGGGCUCUGUAGCUCAGUGAUCAGAGCACUGCACCGGAAUCUCAGGUAUUGGAUUCCUGCGGGAGAUCCUAGGAUUCCAGUCAGGCCUAAAAAUUUAAUUUUCGCUCGAAGGUUUCCAUCUACAAAACUCCUUCAGCAUUCCAUUCUAUCAAGUGGGAUGCCCGAAUCUUUAAUACAUAACUAUUUAUCCAGACUGUUUCACGUCGCCGAACAUGCAUGGUCGUGAUACGUACGACCAAAUGAAAACCAGGCUUGACACGUAGUCUGCCAAAGCUGUUUUCCCGUUGACUAGUUAAAAGCCGCUUAUUAGUGCCCCUGAAAUAUGUGCCACAUUGACGUUUUCUAGGAAGUACUCUUAAUUUCUUUGUGUUGGUCUGAUUUAGAUACUAAUUUUUGGAAAACAUGAAGAAGUCAAGCGCGUGAAGGUUAAGGACGCUGUUGAAUAUCUGACGGAACAGUAUACCAGAAGCCAACAGAUAGCAGUGACCACGACUCCCGUGUUUAGAAACCAGGUAUAUAGUGCAUGGUAUUUCAUAAUAAGCGUCAAAAGCUACCGUGUGGUUUGUGUCUGAACUACCUGAAAAAUAUUAAAAACCAAUUUAAUGUUUCGAGCGAAGGCCUCCCAAAUUCAUUAAUUUCAGGUAGUUCAGACACAAACCACGGAAACAUUGAGUAUUAUUCAAUCCUGAUUAUUUAUUUCCGUAGGUUGAUUUACCUGCAACCGUUUUGGAAAAUUAGGCUAUACCAGCCUUGCUGCACCUUAGCGACGACAAAAGCAAAGGUGAAUUCAAUGCAAAAUGUCAAAUUAUUUGGGAACAGUUGAAGCAAAUCAAACAUCGAAGACACGUUCUUUAUGUUUGUGAUAAAAUACUGGAGGAAAAGGAGAAUUUAAAGAUUCCAAUUUUUGUUUCUGUAUCGUUGUACCGACGAACAAUGCGUUGAUGUGCGUAGGGUUUAUUAAGCACUAUCGUGCACAUAGAUAUCUUAUAUACACUAGAUAGCGCAUCUCUAUUAGUAAAAUUGAAGCCAAGAAUAUUCCAGCGGUUACCCCCAUUUGAAUAGAUGGCGGCCAUGUUGAAGUUUCCCACUCGCUAAUAAACGCUUAAAAACAACAAUAACUUUCAUCAUUUGAAUAGUUUGAAAAUGUAUUUGGAAUAGGUUUAACUUAUUGUUUAAGUUCCCUGUUUAAGAAAUAGAUAACAUACGAGUCUUCUCAUUUCAUGGGAAUAUCCUGAGCCUGCAAUCACGGCUUCAAUUUUUGAAUUGUAGAAUAAUUAGAUGCACUAUCUAGUGUAUAUAAGAUAUCUAUGAUCGUGCAGCAGUUACCAGAGCAAGCUAGAUAGACAAUGUUAAUUCUUCUCAUCUGAUCAUAUGUAGUAGGCUUGUAGUCGGAGGUAAAUUUGUAAUAAAAUUAAAAGUAUUAUUUUAAUUUGCUUCCUCCUUUAACUGUCAACAUUUCUGAAGACAUGACUGCCAUGGCGAUAAAACAUAUAAUACUUUCUUUUGCAGUAAUAAAUUUACG